AUGCUUGUUGGUAAGAACCAUGUUAGCUUGCGUGACCGUUUUGCCGCCAUACCGCAUGCCUCUUGGUUGGUGAUUGAGUUCUGUGCCCCCGUUGAAUCAUCGAUGAGAGCGGCUAGCCAGGACUUGAACUGGGUGAAUGUGCUUACUGUGAGUGAGCGUGAUGAUGGUGCCAGUGCACAGACCUUGCUUGAGCUCAAAGCCAUCUUUGCUGCGCAGAUCAAGAAGAAGGGUUUUGUCUUCUUGUGGGCCAGUACCCCGUGCACCGGAGGCUGCCCAUAUCAGAGGCUGCGUGCCCGUGAUCCAGCUUAUCGCCGAGGGCGGUUGGCUCAGCACUGGAGGCUGCACCGAAAGCUCUGGAGAAGCUUGGUCGAGCUUACUAGCUUUGUGCAUGCUUGGGCCAUUGAGUGGCCACGUGCUUGUGCUUACUGGUCUUGGCGCCAGACUGAGCAUUUUCUUUCUUCACGCCCCUACGUUUUGCACGACGUUCCAGUUGAUGGUUGUGCGCUUGACAUGCGAGGCCGCGAUCAUCUUCUUAUCGCCAAGCGGUGGCGUGUUGUUACCACACACCCAGCAGUUGCUGAGAGCAUUCGUGUCUAUCGUUGCUCUGGGAAGCAUGAGCACUCGAAGGACUUCGACCUCAAGAGUACACAGCACUACCCGGUAGAGCUUGUAAAGUCCUUCUUUGAAGCGUUGACGUUUAAGAUGUCUCUGGUUCCUUUCGCUGCCGAGCGUGCCAUGGUGUUUGGCCUGGUUGUGGAAGUGCAAGAGAAGCUUCUCGAAGUACCGAGUGUCGGGCUUCUCGCUGUUGUGCUUGUCCCACUGCUUGUGGGUGUUGCGCUUGGAGUGUGCUUGCAGAAGCUGCGUACCGAGAGCUCCCGCGUCAAGACUGUGCAGGACCUUCUUUCGUUUCUGCCAAGGUCAGGCCAGAAGAUGGCUGUCUUUACUUCUGCUUACGAAGACUGUUUCCACGUGCGUAGGGACUGCCACGGCCUCAGGAACGCGAUUCCGAAUCGCAUCGCUGCUAAAGUGGCGUGCGAGUACUGUUUAAGGGAUCUCCACCUGGUACCUCCGACAGCUACUGCGUCGUGGGGGGGUGUAGAAAACCAGUGCUCUGCCCAGUAG